AUGGUAGAGCAAGCGGUAGAACAGCGCACGGGUCCGGUCGCGGUCGCGGAAGAGGUCGUGCCGGAGGCGGCGGAAGCUGCUGAGAUCGACCUCGGCCAGCCGAGUCUGUUCUUGAAUCGCGAGCUCAGCUGGCUGGAGUUCAACCGGCGAGUGCUCGAAGAGGCGCUCGACUCCACUCAUCCGCUGCUCGAGCGGGUCAAAUUCCUGUCGAUCUUUGCUUCCAACCUGGACGAGUUUUUCAUGAUCCGGGUUUCUGGUCUGGGUCGCCAGCUGCAAGCCGGAAUCUUGUCGGCGCCGCCCGAUGGCAUGACCCCGGCGGAGCAGCUCAAGGCAAUUCGCGAGCAGCUCGAUCCAAUGCUCGAGCAGGCUGGCCGGUGCUGGCAGAAGGAUCUGCUGCCCAAGCUGCGUCGGCAGAAGAUCCGGGUCUUGGGCUACGACGAACUCAAGUCGAAACAGCGCAAGCUUUUACGGCGGUUGUUCAAGCGCCAGCUGUUCCCGGCGUUGACGCCGCUGGCGUUCGAUCCCGGUCAUCCGUUUCCCCAUGUCUCCAACCUGAGCAUCAACUUGGCGGUGGUGGUGCGGCAUCCGGAGCGCGGCGAGUGUUUCGCUCGCUUGAAGGUGCCGCAGAUGUUUCCGCGUCUGCUGCCGAUUCCCAGCGAGGCCAAAGCGAGUUCCUACGACCAGCUCGGUCUGUCAGACCCGACCGCCAAUACGUUUGUCUGGAUCGAAGAGGUGAUUGCGGCCAACCUCGAUCUGUUGUUUCCCGGCAUCGAGGUCGAGUCGGCCUAUGCCUUCCGGGUCACUCGCGACGCCGAUUUCGAGAUCGAAGAAGACGAGGCAGGCGAUCUGCUAGCGGCCAUGGAAGAGGUCGUCGGCCAGCGCCACUUCGGCUACGCCGUGCGCCUCGAGGUCGACAGCCGGAUGCCCGCCAGCAUGAGCGACAUGCUGAUCCAGAAUCUCGAGCUGGCGCCCUACCAGGCGUUCUCGGUCAGCGGCCCGAUCGCGUUUCUGAGCACCGAUGAAGGCUUGUUCUCGGUGCUGCGGCGCCAAGACGUGCUGCUCUAUCACCCCUACGACAGUUUAAUCCGGUGGUCGACUUUCCUACGUGCCGCGGCGCAGGAUCCGCAGGUCGUUGCGAUCAAGCAGACGCUCUACCGCGUCGGUCCCGACUCGCCGAUCGUCCAGGCCUUGAUGGAGGCGCGCGAGAAUGGCAAGCAGGUAGCGGCGCUGGUCGAGCUCAAGGCACGCUUCGACGAAACCAACAACAUCGUUUGGGCACGGGCCCUCGAUCGGGCCGGGGUGCAUGUGGUCUACGGCGUGCUGGGGCUCAAGACCCACGCCAAGAUGUGUUUGGUGGUGCGCCGCGAGAGCGAAGGCUUGCGGCGCUACGUCCACCUCGGCACCGGCAACUACAAUCCCGAAACCGCGCGGAUCUACACCGAUUUCGGUUACCUGACCUGCAACCCGGACAUCACUGCCGACGUGGCCGACCUGUUCAACCGCCUGACCGGCUACUCGCUCAAGCAGCACUACCGCAAGCUGCUGGUGGCACCGAAGGGCAUGCGUCAGCGGCUAAUCCGUCGUAUCGAACGGGAGGUUGAGCAGCACCGCCAGGGCGGUCAGGGCCACUUGGUUUUUAAGUGCAACGCCCUGGUCGACAAGCGCAUCAUCCAGGCGCUUUACCAAGCCUCACAGACCGGGGUGAAGAUCGAUCUUCAAAUCCGCGGCAUCUGCUGCUUGCGGCCCGGGUUGGCUGGGGUCAGCGACAACAUCAGCGUUACCUCGAUCGUCGGCCGGUUCCUCGAGCACUCGCGGAUCUUCUACUUCCACAACGGUGGCAACGAGGAGAUCCUGGUGGGCUCUGCGGACCUGAUGCCGCGCAACCUCGGCGGCCGUGUGGAAGUGCUGUUCCCGAUCGAAGAUUCGUCGAUCCGGCGGGCUCUACGCGAGGAGGUCCUGCUCCCUCAUCUGGCCGACAAUCGGCAGGCCCGGCGGCUGUUAGCCGACGGUUUCUACCAGUCGAUCGAGGCCGCGGACGGCGAGCCCGUGGUCAACUCGCAGCAGCUAAUGCUCGAGCACCGCGGUCCUUGGACGGCUUGA